AUGGUCUUCUCGGCCAAUGUGUCGGUGCACGUUAGACAUGAGCUGAAGAAGGACGACGAUAUCUCGAGCUUUUUGUUCGGCGGGCCAGACAUCAUUUGCGUGUUUGAGUCACGGUCCGGCCUGAAGCCCGAGAACUUCGUCCCUUCGCCUAAAGACAACUACUCUAGGGUAUGGAAUCAUGCUGCCGAGGGCUCCCGGGCAUGA